AGCGUCUAGCGGAAACGAGUUAUGCACAUUUGAUAAACUGUGUACUGUAUUCAUAGUGUUAUUUGUAAAUUUUCUGUUCUGAGUCUUGUGAACAAAAGUAGUGGACUUUUUAUUUAAUCGCUUAAAUUAUUUAAUACGUUGUGGUCAUGGUAUAAUUUCUUUUUUUUAUUGAGUUGAAAAUAACAAAACAAAAUCAUAAUGAAAUUCCCAUUAAUAAGUUAGUCGGACUAUUGAGACGUUAGAGAUAUGUCUUCCAAACGUCUUAAUGCAAUUAAUUACAAUUUACACAUUUACAUCUCUAUAUUUUUUUUAUUCAUUUAUUUUUAUUUACGAGUCUUUUUAUUAAUUAAUGUUUUCAUUUAUUAAUUAAUUAAUUAAUUUAUCUAUUUUUUAUAUUUAUUCAUUUAUUAAUUUCACCCAAAUACCCUUUUGAAACUAACAUGUGUUCAUAUAGUAUAAAUUUUAUUAACAAUUUGUUAAAAAGAAACAACUGUGCCAUGUUGAUUAACCAAGCGUGUACAUAUAACGUUCAUAUACACGCUUCACCAAUGGUCACAUGGCCCCCACGUGGACUUAUGACGAUUGUCAAUAUAACAUUGUUACUUUACAAAAUUGUCGUUCAAUCAGCAAUCAAUAAGCAAAGUUAGGACGACAAAUUAACCUUUGUUUCACAAAGGUGGACAUCUUUCGAAACAUGACUAAAGAAAAAUGGAUUACCUUAAUAUUAGCUUGUGGCACAGGUUUCAUAUGUUUGUUCAACGUGCAUCUACAACGUACAUAUUUCAUGAAUGAAAGAAAAUAUCCUGAGCCACAAAAGCCGGUUGUUGAAUUUUGGACAUACUGGCAUGGUAACAACAUGACAUGUAGAUCUGAUCGUCUAGAAUGCAGAAAAGCGAAGCCAGUGACAGCAGUUCAAUACAAUGGAUUUGUAGACAACCAAGAAGGUCUGUAUAUAAGUUCUCUAGAUAUUGCCAAGACUAUCUUGCAAAGGACCUACGAUUGUCAAUUCAUGAACUAUGACCAAAUCGUGGUUAAACAGUCAAUACAAGGCGACUUUGGAGGUCCCAGCUGGAAUACAACAAACGAAUGUUUUAACCACCAACGUAAUUAUCAUACAUGUUUUCAACGUCACAUACCAAGAACGUGUAAAAAUUCCACACAUAAAGUCACAAAAGUACUACGACUUACAACAGACAAUUUAAUACAUCUUCUGCUGUCACGUGCCAAUCUCAAGGUCAUUCAUCUCUUCAGAGAUCCGCGCGCCAUUAUUAAUUCUAGAAUACAGACGGACUGGUAUCGAGUCAAGAGGUACAAAAUGGUGAAAGAAAACGCUAAAUCAUUGUGCAAUAAAAUGUUGUACGAUUUUCGCGAAGGUCAAAAAGUGUAUAAACAAUUUCCGAAUAGAUUUAAAUUUAUAUACUACGAAGAUUUAAGCGUUGAUAUUUUAAAUAAGUCUAAAAUUUUAUAUAAAUAUUUAGGUAUGAAUGCAAAUGAAAGUUAUUACCCACAAAUAAUAAAAGUUAAAAGUUUUAAAAACAAAACAUCAGAUGAAACGGAGCGAACGAUAAAUAAUGCUUAUUGGUGGAGAGGAGCUUUAAAUUGGGAAAUUGUAGAACAAAUGAAUGACAUAUGCAGGGGUGUAUACAACGAACUAGGGUUCAAAUCUUUUUAUUCCAUACAUGAAUAUAACGACAUGUCCAUACCAAGUCAAGUCAUACCAAAAGAGUUUUUAAUCGUUUGAUGCCACCAAGUCGUUUGAAAAAAACGGUGUCUAUACCACGUGUCAAAGAAGCUGGAAGUGAAAUGAAGUUGUUAUUAUCUAUUUGAAUUUUAUAUUAUCUUGUGUUUAAUUUAUAAAUAAAAUAAUAAAAAUAUAUAAAAAUG